AUGUUUCGGUUUCCGGUGAGUCUUGAAGGUCCACGUGACAAUACGAAGCAGCCACAGCAUCGUGUGGUGAUGGAUGAAGUUGACUUUUUCGGAUCGGCGGAGAAGAGAGAUAAGGUUUCACGUGAUGAUCAGAAUAUUAUCGUCGACGAUGAGACUCAUAGUGUUCAUGUCAAAAGAGAGAAUUCACGUGUUGAUGAUCAUGAAGAUCGUUCUACGGAUAUCAAUAUUGGACUUAAUCUUCUCACUGCCAAUACGGGAAGCGACGAGUCAACGGUGGAUGAUGGAUUGUCUGUGGAUAUGGAAGAGAAACGUACAAAGUGUGAGAAUGCACAACUUCGAGAAGAGCUAAGGAAGUCGAACGAAGAUAAUCAAAGACUAAAGGAAAUGCUAAGUCAAACAACCAACAACUUCAACUCCUUACAAAUGCAACUUGUUGCUGUCAUGAGACAACAACAAGAUCAUCAUCACCUGGCUACGGUUGAGAGCAAAGAGAAAGAAAAGAAACGACAUGAAGCACCUGGAAUGCUUCCGAGACAAUUCAUGGAUUUGGGACCGUCCUCUGCUGAAGCAUCUUCUGAAGAAAGGACCGCGGUUCGGUCAGGAUCUCCGCCAUCGAUUUUAGAGAAUUCUAACUCACGUCAGGGCGGAAAGAGAUUUCUUGUAAGGGAAGAAAGCCCGGAUACUGAAUUUAACGGCUGGGGAAACCCUAACAAACUUCCAAAACACCAUGCAUCCUCCAGCAAUUGCAAUGGAAAUGGAAAUGGCAAUGUUAUUGAUCAAUCGGCCGCUGAAGCAACCAUGCGCAAAGCUCGUGUCUCGGUUCGUGCUCGAUCCGAAGCUCCCAUGUUAAGCGAUGGAUGUCAAUGGCGAAAAUACGGACAAAAAAUGGCUAAAGGAAACCCAUGCCCUCGAGCUUAUUACCGCUGCACAAUGGCCGUUGGAUGCCCCGUUCGCAAGCAAGUGCAACGUUGCGCAGAAGAUAGAUCAAUCCUCAUAACAACCUACGAAGGAAACCAUAACCAUCCACUACCUCCAGCUGCUAUGACCAUGGCUUCAACCACAACCGCAGCCGCAAGCAUGCUCCUUUCUGGCUCCACAAUGUCGGGCCAAGACGGUUUAAUGAACCCAACAAAUCUCUUGGCACGAACCAUGUUGCCUUGUUCCUCAAGCAUGGCCACUAUCUCAGCCUCAGCACCAUUCCCAACCAUUACAUUAGACCUCACUGACUCAUCCAACGGUAACAAUGCAACCAACAACAACCCGUUGAUGCAAUUCUCUCAACGGUCUGAUUUCGCCGCGGCGCUAAACCAGUCGGUUUUGCUUCAAGUGAUGGGUCAGGCCAUGUAUUAUAACCAACAACAGUCCAAGUUCUCGGGUUUAUCUCAGUCGCUAAACGCUGGCGAGAGCGUUAGUGCCGCUACUGCCGCUAUCGCUUCGAAUCCGAACUUUGCAGCCGCUAUAGCCGCAGCAAUUACGUCUAUUAUCAAUGGUUCAAAUAAUCAUCAGAAUGGCAACACUAAUAACAGUAACGUUACGACGAGUAACGUUGACAAUAGGCAAUAA